GAGGAAAAGGAGACAAGUAAAGACAAUGAUAGUGAUGAAAGCUCAUGGGGUGAUCCAGAUCAUAAGUAAAGGGUUUGGUGCUAUUCUCAUCCCUGGUGAUGAUAAAGUUUUGUCCAAACCUAAAGAGGCUAAAAGGGUGGAGGCCUUGGUAGUGAACAUGGAAGAAGCCUUGGUAAAUCUCGAAGUUCGUCGAAAAAUUCUAGCCAGCAAAAUAGGUGAGCCUCCACUUCUUGACAACAUACUUAGUGUUGUUGACUCUAUCAUUGAUUGGAGUGACCCUAUAUCCUUCACAACCAAGUCGGUGAAGAAGGCUAAAGCCAGCGAAGCUCCACCACAAAAGCCUACUACGGCUAAGGAGGCUAAGGGGUGUGUGAAGCCGCGUCUCAUUAGUGAACUACCUCCUUUGAGGGCUGGUGACUUUGAAUUAGUUCUCCGGGGAUUUAUACUGAAGAGGAAACUGAUGUUGCCACCAAUGAGAAGGGGCAAGGCCAAGGUUGUAGUUGGUGUUAGUAAAGAAAAGGGGAAGAAGGUCACGAAGGUAAUCAACUUUGAUUCCAACAAAAGCAGUAAUGACAAAUCAAGUGUUGACGACGCCUCAUUUGAAAGUGAGAAUGGUUCCAAACAAAGAGGCAAAUACAUAGGUUUCCAAGACAGUAUUGACAUAAAUAGGGCUGCCCCCGAAGAAUUUGAAUCGGAUGUGUGUGAUGCUACAAAGAAAUCUAUCUCUAAUAAAAGCAUAAUGGAUGCUGGUGCACCAAUCAUGGGCUUAGCGAAGAAGGUCGUUGGCCCCAAUGAGGUCGAGCAUAGUGGUCAGUCGUCCUCGGCUCCAACUAAGUCAGGUGAGAUCGAUGACUCUGCCAUGAGGUUACUCAAGAAUCUUGACGAGAUGAAUGAGGAUAAGGAUAUUUCAUUGGCUCGAUUUAACUCAAUGCCCAUGGGUGGCUCCAAAGCCAAGAAAGUGGUGGUCGAGGACACCUUCUCAAUUCUUUAUGCGACCAUGCGAUACAUGGAGGUAACCCCCUUUGCUAAAAUGAACGAGGAUUUCUUCUAUUUGUGUAGGGAUGCCAUUGACGAUGCUAAAAGUAUAAACUUCAAAGUCAACAUUAUUCGCACACAUUUGUCAAAUGUGGCAAAGGCAUACCUCGAGAAGACUGAGUUUGGCACAACCAGAGGUGACAUGGCUGAGAGCUUGGAUGGGCAGAUUAAGGAGUAGGCAAAACAUAUUGAAGAGAUGGAGAAGUUUUUGGCUGAGACAAAAGAGCUUAUCCUCAAGUUGAAAGAAGGGCUAGCGUCAGCCAAGGCAUAUCUAGGAUCGCUCAAUCAAGAAAAGAAGCGUCUGAAU